GUGAAGUCUCAGUUCCUACAGAGCGCCAGUUGUUCACCAGCGUCCGAGCCGCACGGUCAUGUGUAGAGCUGCGUUCUAGCCGCUAUUCCGGCUCUUAUCUCACUCUCCCUCUCUCACUCUCUCCGUUAGGGCCCCCCUCCUCAUCCCGUAUUUUUUUUUUCAGUGUAAUUUUUACUUGUGUGUGUGCGCGGUGCUCGGUUUUUUAUUAUUUUCUAUUCGUGGGUGUGUAUUGUCGUUCUCUCUCUCUCCCCCCUUGCUUGAUAGAAACUCUCCCACCUGGUUGUUUCUCUUCUCCAACUGAUUUGAAUCGACCGUUUUCGAAUGUAGCACAGCUGAUAUCAGAUAGGCUAGGAGAAUUUUUUAUUUCUCUUUGAAUUGUUUUUGUUUGACGAGAACUUUUGAUUGGGACCCAAUUGUGUGAGCGCCGAAAAACAGUUGAUUGAUUGAAUCAAUUCGCCGCGACAAGGAUUUUUUGGUCUGUGAAACUUUCGUGUCCAAAUUGCGUAUCGAACGCACAAAAAAUCCAUUCAGUGAUUGUGAAAAGAUUGACGGACAAACAGUGUUCUAGUUCUGGACGGAGAUCGGCCGGGAAAAUUGAAACAAGGACCAGCCGUUGGACAAGAAACACAAAGGGAAAGAAGACGUGAGCGAUCCAGCCAAAGGUGUUUCGUCGUCCUUCAUUAGAAAUUCGACCGAUUUCUAACGCAGCCGUUUCUUUAAUCAAUUCAAUCAGAAUUGUAAAUCAAUAGCCCAGUUAAAACAAAAGAAAAAGAAAAAAAAUGGCAGCUUAUAUUUUGUCGCCGGAACGGUGGAGGGAAUUGUCGGCCGCUUCUUCGCCAUCAGUCGCUGACGCUGGCCAACAGCAAACGCCUCAAGCCGUUGGGCCGGGCAUUCGUCGACGCAUCAGCCGCGUCUUUUACGAGGCUCAUCAUACUCCAGUGUCGUCUCCAGUGGCGCUGAAUUUGCAUCAUCACCUGCCGGCCGGAGGUGAUCAGAUGGACGUGGCCGAAGAUGAGGAUUUGGUGGCGGCCGCUGGCGUGAUCGCGGCUCACGUUGAGCGUUUCCUGCCGCAACGGAGAUCGCCCGGUCAGAGGAGUCAGGACUCUGGUUUCUCGGGCUACUCGGGUGACUCGGCCAGCGAAGGCUCGGCCGCCUCCAGCACCAAUUCGCCAGUUCCGGCGGCGUCCGGUAACGCCUCGUCGGCCAGCAGCAGCAGCAGCAGCGCUGGCAAACGAUCGCCUCUCUCCGAUCCGGAAGCCGCCGAACGAGCUCUGCUGGCCGAGCCCGUCUGUGGCCCGUCGUCCAGAGUCCUCGAGACGGACUUGGAUGCCGCCACGCCGGCCAGACUGCACGUCAGCCGGAUCUACAUCCGGGGAACGAGUCAAAGCCCGACGGAAACGACGGCGGCCAAUUUGAAUUUGCGCGACGUUUUGUGCGAGAAGAACAUCCAGCCCGUCAACUUAUCCGGCACGCCGGAAUCGUCUUCCACGUCACCGGACAAGUGCGUGGGCGACAAGAGCCCCAUCAGCGUCGUGCUGGCCAACAAUAGCCAACAGACUGCGACGAUGACGACGGGCGUCAUGAUCCACAACCGCAACCACAACAACAACAACAAUUACAACUACGAAGCGGAUCGUUCCGGCGACAGCCAGACGGCCCUUUUGUUGGAACACAAGAGCCUCGUGCCGCCCUCUUCGAUGCGACCCAAUUUGAGCUGGAAGAAAUUGAGCGAAUCCUUCCGGCGGGUCAUCAGUUCCGGCCGGAUGAUGUCGGCUGGAUCGUCGUCGACGACGACAACGUCGCAGAGUUGCCUGCCCACCGUGGCGGACAUUGACGAGUCGUUCACGGACGAGGAGAAGAGCCGGAUGCUCUUGCUGGGCAAGCGCAGCAAUUUGCGCCGGAUCAAGUCGGAAGUCAUCGAGGCCCAGCAGCACGUGGAAAAGGAGGAGCAAAGCGAAGAGGAGCCGGAAGGCGGAAGGAUUUGCGCCAACCGCGUGACGAUUGUGACCGAGAGCCCGCAACCCACCAGCCGCUACCUGGGCGGACCCAGGAGCUCGACACCUCGUAAAACGCUUCCGGCGGAAGGCCGGAACCACCAGCGGCGGACGAUCGUGUCCUCGGGCAGCAGCAGCACUAGCACGUUGGCUGUCAACAACAUCAACAACAACAACCAGAACCGGCACUGCUCCUCCCGUUUGGCCGGCGAUGAGAAUCGACCGCGAGUUCACUGGGCCGACAUCGACCCAGUUUUCAACAGCAACGAGAACUUGGCUACUGACGGGCGCCGGAAGCAGCCACCGCAACAGCAACAACAACAACCAGCGGCAUCAUCGGCAUGCCGUCCAGUCAACGGCCAUCUGGCGGCCGUCGUGACCUCCUGGCCGGAUAAUAGCACGUGGGAUUCGGACACGCCGUCGCUGGAAAUCGGCCACCAGGUCGUCACGACGGGCCAUCCGCCCACUGCGACACCUUGUCAGCCGGCCGCCUCCGCCGCUGUGCCCCUUGUCGGUGGCGUCGGUGGCGUCGCUCCGGUGGAGCAGAGGAAGAUCAGACGCGGACUGCGGAUGGGCGUUGGCGUCGACCGCUCGCUCAUUGCCACUCCUCACGCCCGCAAGCAGCAGCAGCCCGUCCCGGCACCCGUCGUCCCAGUCAACCAACAUCCGAUGAUCAUUCCAGCUCCGGCGGAAUUCCGAUCCGUCCUCUCACACCCCCAACCAUCUCCAUCUGGCCUCAGGUGGAGUCCCGUCGAGGCCUGGCUCAAAGAUCUGCCCAUGUUUUACCAGCCGGAGUCGACGUGCGCCCUCCAGAACAAGGCCAUCCAGCAGCAGCAACAACAACAAAUCCAGCUGAAACAACAGCAGCAACAACAACAACAGCGACGCGUUUCCUCGGCCAGCUGGAUGACGGACGACAGUUCGAGCAGCGCCGACGGCAGUAGCCAACUCUUGUCCCUCCACCACCAAUCGGACGACGAGGACCGGACGUACAGCAUGACCGUGACGGCCAGGGCCCAGGUGAGGCGCCUCCAGCGCCGGGCUCACCUCAUCUCGACGGAAUUCGCUCAACUUUGCUCAUUUAUUGAACUUUACGAGGAAUCGAAAUUGGCCAGUCUGAUCCCGCUCUUCCUGGCCCACGUCAUCCAGUUCAUCCGUGAAGCCGAGCUGGCCGUCCUGAGCGACUGCGGAGAAACGGAAGCCAUCCGGACGGAAGGCAGCGAGGAGCUGAUCCACUCGCUGAGACAGACGUGCACCCAGCUGGUCCAAAUCGUCACCUUCAGCACUCGCCCGCUCUACAUGAUGAUGUCGGAGCCGGGUCUGAUGCUGGACACUGAAAUGGAGCCGGCCCAACUGCCGCUGCCCGUCAACUGGAGUCUGGCCCGUCAGAUCACGGCCAAACUUGGCCAGGUCUUUGUUUCCAUCGUCGACACCUUUGUCGGAAGAGAAAUCGAGGUGUUGACGGCCGCACUGAAGAGCGGUAAGUGCGUGUCGGCCGCCAAAUUGGCGGCCAAUUCGCUCAUGUCGCUGGGCUCGGACGCUGCCAGACCGGCCCUCCGCCCGCUGAUCGAAGCUUUCCAGGUGGUCCAUUUGCGGCCUGUGCGGGCUGACCUCCUCCGGGCCCUGGCUGCCCUCUGCUCUUCGGCAGACAUCAUUCAAGAAUUCGAAACGUGCGGAGGUUUGGCCGUUGUCUUCGACAUUCUGUGCAACCCACGCAGCCAGGCGGAUUCUGAAGAGAAAUCCGAAGCUGCCGGACUCUUGGCUCAAAUCACAUCGCCUUGGCUGGACCCCCCGAUGGAAGAUGCCCAAGCCGGAAUCAUUUGUGGCACCAGCAGCAGCAACGGAGGAGAUCUCCAGCAGCCAAAUCCCAACGGCGCAUGGCCGACGCUCCAUCUGACGCCUUACAUUUCGUCCUUCAUUGCGGCCUUGACUGAGCUGAGCAGCCAAACGGAAACGGAAGAGACUCUCUUGUUGUCGACGGCCGCGUUGGCCAAUUUGACUUUCAGUCACUCAGAGGCCGUCCAGUUGAUGGCCAAGUAUCGCACAGCUCAAGUCCUAGUCCAGGCCACCAGUUUCCGCAAAGAAUUGUCCGUUUUCAUCCAAGAUCAGAUUGCCACGAUCCUGGCCAACAUGGCAGCCGUCUACUCCGCCCGGGCAGAGUUGGUAUCUCACGGCGCCCUGGUCACGCUGGUCAGUUUCUUGCAAUUGAGGCCAUCGCCGAUGCAACGUCCGGCUGAAGUCACAGCCUCUGAAAGAGUGCUGAAAAAGUCGGCCAUCGCUCUCUCACGAGUGUGCGGUGAAGAAAACGCUGCCCGUCAAAUAGUCGACUUGGAGGGCAUCGAAAGACUGGCCCAGCUGGUUAGAGAUCCUCGAGAGAGGAAUUAUUCCGACGGAGUGUUGGUCGCUUGUUUGGCUGCUUUGCAUAAAAUAGCCACAGCUUGCGGGACGGACGAAGUGGACCGCCGCGGCGCUUCCGAUCUGAUUGAAAAUCGACUCCUCGACGUGUUUCUCGAAUAUUCCUCGCGACCGGAAAGUUACGUCUGAUGGAUCGAUGUCGUUUUGACGAGAUUGAAAUUGACCAAAAUUGUGUCCGUCUGUUUUCUUUUCUUCUGUCAUCUGUUUUGUGUCUUGUCUUGUUUCGUCUCUGCUUUCCGGAAGAGACUGAACGAAGGAGAGAGACGCCAAGAACGAGAAGAUACGUGUGUGUGUGUCGUCCUUCUUUCCUCUGUCCCGUUUUCCAUUUUUCUUUUUUUAAAUUUCCAAGAAGAUAUCGAAUCAUUCCAAAAACAAAAAAGUCGCGUAUAUAUCGGCAUAUAAAUGAAAAAUCAACAUUUACUAUCGCCCAAUUUAUAAAUCUUUUAGUCGUAGCGAGAAAAACAAACUGUAAAGCGCUUUCAUUUUUUUCACCUUUUAUGUGUGACACAAGAAAUUUUACUGUUGUACAGUUCAACCCUCCCUCCCCCCUAAAAAAGAAUACAUUUCGAACAAUCGAUAGCUCUACACAA